UACUCUUUUGUUGUACUUGGACAGCGGGCCAGAGCUUCUCUCCUGUUCCAAAUGGAUACUCUCAUGUGAUAGUCGAAAUUGUCUCUAAUGUUGCUUUUCCUAUGUGGUUGGACACACAUAAGCGGCCUUCCGCAACAUCAGCCUUGGAUGAUGAAGUUCUUCCUUUCUUAUUACCUUCUUUCUUUCUGAGAUUUCUUUACUCUCCAACCUCUGUUUACGUUCUUGUCCACUCCUUACAACUGCCGAAUGCGCUGAUGAAAACGGGAAAAUCAAUUCUACGUUAUGUAGUGGGUUUCGUGACCUGGCUGCUCCUGUUGCUGCCACAGGGGGUUCUAUUUUGGUCGGACUGAGUCGAUCAUCUUGCGCCCAGGGCGAUUCCAAGUUUCAUUCUUUCGGUGUACAUCAUCUGGCCAUGUAUGUACAAGCGUUAGUUUUAUUAGUUCUCAAUACUGAACGACAUCAGUACAGCUUAUGGAGAAACGGCCAGUCCAGCUC